UUUAUGUCACUUCGCUUCCCCCCUUUUUCUCUCUCUUUUUUCGCACACUCCACUAUACGGACAGCGGACUACCUCACUUCUUCUUCCAAUGGGGCAAAUUUUCUGCACUUUCCACUGUUUUUAGGGUUAGGGUUCUUCCUCAAUUAUUUUACCCAAAAAAAAAUUCAAAAAUGGAGCCGGAAGAAUAUUACAGGAGAAAGGAGAGAGUUGCUUUGUUUGUAUCUUUGAUAAUGGCGUCUCUUUCCAUGGUUUCUUUGCUUGUUGCUUUUAGUUAUUAUUGCUACAUUCGCAACAAAGUUUCUAAACGCUCUCAUCUUCAGCAAAUGGGGCAUUUCCAAAUGUCUUUCAAUUGUGUAUUUGAAGGACUUGACAAUGACGACAACAAAAGUGGCAUAUCAAAUUCAAGUCUUCAAGUUGCCUGUGAGAAAGGAUUACAAGUCUUUACAUUCAAGCAGCUCAAUUCCGCAACUAGUAGCUUUAGCAAGUCAAAUAUCAUUGGGCAAGGUGCGUUUGGUUCAGUUUAUCGUGGAGUCCUUAAUGAUGGGAAGAAGGUCGCUAUCAAAUUGAUGGACCAUGGUGGAAAGCACGGGGAAGAGGAAUUUAAAAUGGAGGUGGAAUUGCUGAGCCGACUUCGCUCUCCUUAUUUGCUUAGUUUGGUUGGACACUGUUCCGAUAGUAACCAUAGGUUGCUGGUGUAUGAGUUCAUGAUAAAUGGUGGAUUGCAAGAGCACCUAUACCCAACUAGAGGUUCAAAUGUUUUUCCUUCCAGGCUGGAUUGGGAGGCUCGGUUAAAAAUUGCUUUGGAUGCUGCAAAAGGGUUGGAAUAUCUCCACGAACAUGUGAACCCGCCUGUGAUUCACAGAGAUUUUAAGAGCAGCAAUAUCCUUCUGGAUAAGAACUUUCACGCCAAGGUUUCUGAUUUUGGAUUAGCUAAGCGUGGACCUGAGAAAGCAGGUGGACAUGUGUCCACUCGAGUCCUGGGCACCCAGGGUUAUGUUGCCCCCGAGUAUGCAUUAACAGGACAUUUGACCACCAAAUCAGAUGUAUACAGCUAUGGUGUUGUCCUCUUGGAGUUGCUUACAGGCAGGGUACCAGUUGACAUGAAGAGACCUCAAGGUGAAGGUGUUCUUGUGUCUUGGUCUUUGCCAAAGCUGACUGAUAGAGAGAGAGUUGUAGAAAUCAUGGAUCCAGCACUUAAAGGUCAGUAUUCGAUGAAAGAGGCCAUACAGGUUGCUGCUAUUGCAGCAAUGUGCGUGCAGCCAGAGGCUGAUUACAGACCACUUAUGGCUGAUGUUGUACAAUCUCUUGUUCCUUUGGUGAAGCCUCAUAGAUCAACUUAUGCACCAAAGUCUCCUACAACUGUAGACAGUAACAGCAAGUGUAGUGAUUCUGUAUUGACCGAGUCUUAAUUUUCGAAAUUCUGGCGGCUUUUUCCACUAACUAGUUUGGGGGGUUUUAGUAUGUAUUAACUAAACAAAAACCCUCCCAAGUGGUACUUAAUUAGUGCUCCAAUGUAUCUAUUAAUCUGAUUGACAGACUGACUUGUAAGUUGUAACUCGACUUCGUAUCUAUGUCAGGAAAAGGAACCAAAAUCUUCACCUUA